AUGGAAAUGUGUUGUUCAUGUUUCAUGGACACGAAAUAUAAAUGCUUGAGGUGUAAAAUACCUAUUUGCAAUCAAUGCUCAGUUUUCGAAGAAAACGAGGAUGUUGAGGGAUGGAGAGCCGGUAGAAGCGUGGCAUACUGCGAAGCUUGUGACAGGGAAUUAAAGAGAGCCACGCAGGGUCUAACGUUGUCCAGAGCAGAGUAUCGGCAGCUUCAGGUCCAAUGAAAAAACCAGGUAAAAAUAUUUUACCACGAUAUCAUAAGCAUAUUUAUUUGCAUUUUCGCACAGGCGGCCCAGACGUAGUAUGUGUCACUGAAUGAAUAUAUUAAUAUUCACAUGGACAAAUUAAUGUGAUGAGUCGUCGAAACUCGCAUUGACUAAAAUAGUCCAAAAGUCAAAAUAUAACAAAACAAAGCUAAGAUACCUUCAACUGAACGUAUCCUUGUCUUUCCUGGCCGGUUUAAGUGGCAUUUUGUUGAGUUUUGCAAUUGUAGGUACUAUCUACUAAAGAAGAAUUAAAGGCUGGCUACAAAACAAACAGACCAUCUCCACGCGCCUUCACACGAAGCGCUAUAAAUUCGAGAAUAAUCGACUAAUCCGCCCCAAAUAACCAUCGGCUAAUCUGCAGGUAACGUGUGCUCCUGCUUCUGGCUCGCUUGCUCCACAAAACCCAUCGCAACUGCACAAUAAUUGCUCGCUCAUCAACAACCACUGUUGACCUUUACGCUUCGAUAUGACCGCAAACGACCAGGUUUAAUACGCGACGUGAAUAUUCAAGCUUAGCGACCGCGUUCGCGCAACAAUGCAGCACUUGCUAUGGGAGGGAUGGUACUAUUGCUUCUAGGUCAAUCGACUGACCGAGGGCUCGCUGCGUUAGUUUUGACCAGAAAACAAAAGGCGAUCGCGGGACCGUCCGUAAGUUUUCAACAGGGCAGCCCUGGUUUUCAAGUUCGAAUUCUUCUAACGUUCGCUGUCUCAGCUGCUGUCACAUUGUUCGUCCAGCUGCUUGCAUAGGUUCUUGACUCUACCAGACUUAUUUGCUUAGAUUAGCAACGUCUUACUCCAUAAUAUGUUGUCCAAACUGGUGAAGGAGGACGAGAAUUUUUCGCCCAGGAAAAAGGCAAAAUCUGGCCCCCGCUAUGCAGCUGAAUCGAAGAUACAGCUGAAGAUAUCGUAAAGUAAAAUUUAUGUGCGCGAUAUCUUUUAUUUUUAUUAUUAUUAUUCUCAAAACUCAGGGGCACCCAACGAUGAUUUCUCCCUAAAUGCAUUGAAAACACAUUUAAGGCUGUCCAGAGUACUUUUGAUCGAAAAAUGCCUUCUAAACAGCGCUUACAUAAAUUUAGUCAGGAGGGCUAAAAGCGAAGCUAAUGAUUUAUAGUUUGCUCAUACUAAAUAUAAAAUAUAUCGUGUAAUGCUAAGCAGAGAAGGCAACGAGACAGGGCCACCCAACGACUGUUUCCUCAAAUACUUUCAACUGAAAACACUUUUGUAGCUAUUCAUAAAGUACUUUUAGCUCUACAGAAAUGCAUUCUAAGUGGCGCUAUAAAAUUUGCAUCUCAGUGUUCGGCCAUUCUAGAGGAACUUGAGUCUUUUCGAAAUUACGAGGAAUUCAGAAUUAUUUUCCCGAAAAUUUUAGAUGCAAUUUAACGUAUUACGAAGGAGAUAAUUUUUCAGAUACCUUCUUUCAUCACAUUUUUGAAUCCGAAAAUUUUAGGAUUCCAUUUUACUCUCUACGAAAAAUAGCCUAACCCGGUGAGUGAAAUGUGAAAAAUUAAAAGUUGGAUGCCCUUGACCAGAACUGUGAAAAACAACAAUAGGUCUAAUUGCAGCACACUUUCUUGUACAUUUCCUUGCCGUUGAUUUGCAUGACUGCAACGUGAAACGUCCAGGAAACUUCCUGGUUUUCACUUUUUAUGGAGAAAAUGUGGUACAUGUUCUUGUUCACUUUUUCCACUGCCGCUCAUUUUUUUUAGCUCCGCUAUAAGAUUCGUAUCUGUUCGGUGCUCCUAGGGCAAAUUGGAUCUUUUUAAAAAUUACAAGGGCUUCAAUAUUAUUUUCCCGAUUGAUUGACCUAGAAGCAAUAGUACCAUCCCUCCCAUAGCAAGUGCUGCAUUGUUGCGCGAACACGGUCGCUAAGCUUGAAUAUUCACGUCGCGUAUUAAACCUGGUCGUUUGCGGUCAUAUCGAAGCGUAAAGGUCAACAGUGGUUGUUGAUGAGCGAGCAAUUAUUAUGCAGUUGCGAUGGGUUUUGUGGAGCAAGCGAGCCAGAAGCAGGAGCACACGUUACCUGCAGAUUAGCCGAUGGUUAUUUGGAGCGGAUUCGUUGAUUAUUCUCGAAUUUAUAGCGCUUCGUGUGAAGGCGCGUGGAGAUGGUCUGUUUGUUUUGUAGCCAGCCUUUAAUUCUUCUUUAGUGGAUAGUACCUUCAAUGGCAAAACUCAACAAAAUGCCACUUAAACCGGCCAGGAAAGACAAGGAUACGUUCAGUUGAAGGUAUCUUAG